CUCGCCUUUCAGUCGCUCUCAGUUGUCGGUGAGGCCGGCGGGGCUGAUCCUAUAGUAAAUUGGAAGAGAAAAUAAAAGCAACACAAUCAACGCUUCGACUUAUUUGCCUCCAGACGAUUACUUUUCACCCUUGUGGAUAUAUUGCGCAUAAAGAUGCCCUCGGCAACAAAUGGCACCAGGACUGUGAAGUCUGCCAGCCCAGACUUGGGAUUUGCUCCCGGAUCAAUGAACCAAAUCACAGCCAGCAACCAGCUGACUGGAACUCAAUCAGAGGCCAUGAAGCAAGUGCUGGUGGUUCUUGAAAAGAAAGUGCGCAAUAUGGAGAAGAAAAAGAGCAAGCUUGAUGACUAUCAGGCCAGAAACGGCAAAGGGGAACGUCUCAACCAGGACCAGCUGGAAGCCCUGUCUAAGUACCAGGAAAUGAUCCAUAACCUUGAGUUUGCACGUGAACUGCAUAAGAGCUUUUUGGCAUUGGGUCAAGAAAUCCAGAAGUGUGUUAAGAAAGCGGCACGUCGUGAGCAACUCCAGCGUGAAGAGGUGGAACAGAAAAGGCUGAAACGAGUUCUGGAGCUACAGUUCCUUCUCGACCGACUUGGGGAUGAAACUGUGUGGCAAGAGCUACUGCAAGGAGCCGGCAGACCCUCACUGCUUACCGAGGGUGACCUUACUUCCCUGGAUGAGUUUUACAAGCUUGUGGGGCCUGAACGUGACCAAAACAUCAGGUUAACUGACCAGUAUCAAGAAACAUCACAGCACUUAUGGGAACUUUUGGAGGGGAAGGACAAGCCUGUAGCAGGAACAACAUAUAAAGCACUGAAUGAGAUGUUGGAGCGAGUUUUGCAGAGCGGCUACUUUGACCGAGUGCAGUCUCAUCAGAAUGGAGUUUGCACGGAGGAAGAGGAGCAGACAGCUGCAGUGGAAGUGUCUGAAGCAGAGGAGCACCCUCCCGACACGGAGGGUGAAAUGACAGAGUGUGCAGAACCUGUUGCAAUUGAGGUGACACAGUUUUUAAAUAGGCAGUUUGUUUUGGAGAGCAUAUACAGUACUGGCGAUAAGGAACAAAGAGAGGAAUGGAGUGUGGAGAUGGAGGUGGUUAACUCCAUGCAGCCGGUUCAGACCGCCCCCACCCCUGUCGUCCCAGAGCCCCAUCCUCUGACCACAAUUCCAACACCCCCUUCAGACCCUGUGGUUAGGCAGCAGGUGGUUCAGGAUCUCAUGGCACAGAUGAAAGGACCAUACAACUUCAUGCAGGACUCCAUAUUUGAUUUUGAUGGACAGUCUCUUGAUCCGGCGAUUGUAUUGGCACAACCUAUGAAACCAGUGCCUAGUAUGGAAAUGCCGCCAAUGGUGUGUCAACCAGUUCUCCCUGAGUCUCGUCUUGCCCAGCCUUCUGCUGUUGGCGUUCAGCCUGAAUCCACACAAAUCCCCCUGGUCUCUCCAUCACCAGAAACUUUCUCCACACCGCCUCCGAUAUACCAGUCUCCUCACGCUGCUGAUCCCCGACCACAGACAGACUCCAUUGAUCCUAUUCAGGCCUCCAUGCCCCUGACAGAGCAGCCGCCUCCAUCUACAGUGCUCCCUCCUGCCUCCCAGACCCAGGUGAUCCAGCCCGGAUCCAAACCCUUGCACAGCAGUGGCAUCAAUGUCAAUGCAGCCCCAUUCCAGUCCAUGCAAACGGUGUUCCACCUUAAUGUGCCUGUCCCACCAGCUAAUGAUACGGACUCAAUGAAGCAGGCCAGCCAAUACCAGAAUAGCUACAGCCAGGGUUUUAAUAACCAGAUGCAGCACCCUGUGGAGCAUACAGACAUGCCGCCAGAGCAGCUCCAAUCUGUAGUUGGUGCCUUCCAUUCUCAAGACCAGUCACUCCCUAACUCUACUGGUCCCCAGCCCAUGUCCCAGCAGUCAGGUGGCCAGGGCAACGGGUUCAGCCACCAGACUCAGUCCUUCUACAACAGCAGAGGGAUUUCUCGUGGAGGUCCUCGUAACUCACGUGGUAUGAUCAGUGGCUACAGAGGAACAUCCAGUAGUUUCAGAGGAGGAUAUGACGGUUAUCGCCCAGCCUUCUCCAAUUCUGCAAACUCUGGAUACGGGCAAACCCAAUUCAGUACGCCACGGGACUAUUCCAACAGCAGCUAUCAGCGGGAUGGUUACCAACAGAACUAUAAACGUGGUGCUGGCCAGGGGGCUCGAGGGGUCUCUCGAGGAAAUGCUCCAGCCAUGCGGUCUUAAGCCUUGUGAACUGAGCUUACAUCUGGACCACAGUGAACAUUCAGAUACUGAAGUGCAUUUGUCCUGGCUGUUUGUCCCCCCCCUUUUCUUACCUUCCUGGAAUUGAUCGAACAACGUCUACCCUGAUAUGUUAAAAUGGAGAAAAUGGUUCAAUGAUUCAGAAAGCAAGCUGAAAACCCAGCGUCAAGAUUUUAAAACUACCCUGUUUCUAACCGAUACCUGUGAACUUGAAAGACUUAAUUUAUUUGUAUUUUUUGUAGGAAAUAAAACUCAUACCUGCCACAGCUGGUCCAAGAUUGGGAGUUCUCUUUUUGCCCCACUGUUCUGUUCACACUAAUUCAUUUUGGUUCUAAUAUGUUUCUUUUGGUACAUUAAGAUGCUCCCAGACUCUGUUUAUAAAGCGAUAUUGCUUCAGGAGUUUCAAUAAAGAUGUGUUGCAUUAAAUGCUGUA